CUUAGAUUCUUCAGUACUGGAUCCCAUUCACCAUGAGUCGUUUUGCGUGGGUGCUGCUGGUGGCGAGCCUGUUGCACACAGACGCCUGGGCAAAGACUGUUCGAGAGACUUUGCGCAUCACCUGGGAAGAGGGUGCUCCGAAUGGGCAGGCAAGAGAGCUCAUCCGCACCAAUGGGCAGUUCCCCAGUCCAACCCUUGUGUGGGACGAAGGGGAUGACGUUGAGGUAACCGUUAUCAAUGAUAUGGCCAAGAAUGUUACUGUGCACUGGCACGGCCUAGAUCAGAAAGAUACCCCUUGGGCCGACGGCACACCUGGUCUUACGCAACGCCCGAUUCAGCCAGGAACAGACUUCGUGUACAAGUUCAAGGCGUCUCCUCCAGGCAACCACUGGUACCACUCGCAUGACAAAAUGUCUUUAGUUGAUGGGCUUUAUGGAGCCGUUCAUAUCAGGCCGAAACAAGAUCGCUCUGGACUAUGGAGUCAAAUAAGCGACAAUCAAAAGGACAUCGAAGCCAUGGAAAAGGCCGCCCGUGAUCCAGAAUACCUCGUCGUAUCUGACUGGAGUCAGUAUACUUCCGAGGAAUAUUGGAAAAUAUCCACUGAUUCUGGUCUUCUUGUCUUCUGCCUCGACAGCAUUCUGGUGAAUGGUGUAGGAGAACUCUACUGUCCGGGACAGAAGUUCCUUCAAAAGGAGCUUGCUCCAGGCUUAGCUCAGAAUGGGUUCCCGCCGGGUACUGAGGUCUCAGACAAAGGUUGCUUUCCGGCGGAUAUCGACCAAAUUCAAGGCGGCCCCUGGAACAUCACCAAGCGCCCGGACCUUAUACCCCCACGGGUCCAGGAGGGCUGCGUUGCAUCCAGGAACGAGAACGCAACCAUCUUUGUUGAUCCGUCCAAGAACAACGGCUGGGUGAGCAUGCACAUUGUAGCCGCCGCCACCAUUGCUCAGAUUGCGUUUUCGGUCGACCAGCAUCCUUUUUGGAUAUACGAAGUCGAUGGCAACUACGUGCAGCCUAAGCGGUUCGUUUCGACCGUAAUGUCUGCGGGCGAGACCUUUUCGAUCAUGAUGAAACUUGACCAAGAACCCGGCAAGUACACAAUGCGCAUACCCAACUCUGGAGCCUCGCAGGUAUUGGGCGGUUAUGCCGAGAUGGUCUACGCAGGCCAUGCGCAAAGUCCAAGAUCAGAGAAAGCGUACCUGUCUUACGGGGGCAAUCCAAUCACGCCGGAUGUCGAGUUGCAUUCCUAUUUUCCAUGGCAGCUGGAGACGGACCACAUGCCGCCGUGGCCUCCGAACAAGCCCCGACCAGGCAAUGCUGACCAGGAAGUUCUUCUCGCACUUGGACGCGUCGGCGCGCCGUACAAUUACACCAUGAACACAAAGUACCUGUUACCUGUCGAUUUUCAGAACGACGAUCCCCUGCUGUUCUAUCCCAACGCAACCCUGGGUACCGAAGAUGAGAACUUGGUGAUUCGCACCAAAAAUGGGACUUGGGUCGAUCUUAUCCUGCAGGUGUCGACUCUGCCCGGCGACAAAUCGGCGUUUGAACAUUUCAUCCACAAACACGGGAGCAAAACGUGGAGAAUUGGCUUUGGCACGGGCGUCUGGAACUACACCAGUGUUGAAGAGGCGAUCCAAGAGCGGCCCGAGGAUUUCAACUUGGAGACUCCUGGUCUGCGCGAUACGUGGAUCACAGCGUUUUCCUUCAACGAGGAGGCUUCAUGGAGCGUUUUCAGGUACUUUGUUGACAACCCUGGCCCUUGGCUGUUCCACUGCCACAUAGAGCUCCAUUUGAUGGGCGGGAUGGGAAUCGUCAUCUUGGACGGUGUGGAUGCAUGGCCAGAAGACAUUCCAGUCGAGUAUCAGCUGGACAAGCCGCACGUAACACCAAAUGCUUGUUCUUAGAAUUGCAAAUAUGGCAUAUGGCAUUCGAGUUCUUAGACAUUAAUUACCUUACCUAGAAUUUAAUAUUUUCUUUCUCUCUC